AUGAUUAGGUCAACCAUUCUUUUAUGUUUUCUCGUCAUUUUCGGAAUAAUCAGUAGCAUUCAGGCAGCUCCAUUGCUACACAAAAGAUUCGCCGGCCAGGCCACGUUUUAUUCAGUCGGCCUUGGUGCUUGUGGAAAAACCAAUAAUGACAAUCAAUUUGUUGGUGCAAUAAGCGCACAUCGAUUUGGCAAUCCCCCAAACCCCAACAAUUCUCCCUUUUGCGGUCGUCGAGUAUCAGUUAAUGGGCCUAAAGGUUCUGUCAUUAUUACCCUCGUUGAUAGAUGUGAAGGAUGCAAGCCCGGCGAUCUCGACUUGAGUCCUAAGGCGUUUAAAAAAAUAGCUUCCUUGUCUGAUGGCCGCAUUCAAAUUACUUGGAAUUUCGCUGAUUGA